AUGGGGUCAUCAGAGAACUACACAUUUCCGUCUUCUAUACCUUCACAACAAGAAUUGGAUGAUCAUAAUGUUCCAUUUUACUACAGAGACAAAUGUGCAUCUAACUUGAUUGAAUACUACAAGUGUCUUGAAAAGGGUACUUCAUUUUGCAACCAGACGAAGGAUGAAUUUUACAAGUGUCAGUAUUAUUUAUUGAAAGGAAGAUUGGACAGUUAUAUCAAAGAACAACAACAUUGA